AACGGAAGUGCUCCUGCUCUGUUGUGGCCGGACUUCUUACUGGCUGCACAGCGUGUCCUUGACUCCUUCCGGGAGGUGAAGGAGGCAAGACAACAAUCGAAAUCUUAGCGAGAAGUUGUGGCCAUGGCCCUUAUACCAGGAGAAGGAAAGGGUCUGCCUCCUCCGGGAAUCGUUAACAGGAACUCGGUGUGGUUGGGGUUCAUUGGCUGGUGCUCUGCGAUGCUUGAUAACGCCUUCCGCCACAGGCCGCCGCUCUACUCAGGUGUUCAUCGACAAGUCCUGUAUAUAACAGUUGGAUGGUUCAUUGGCUACCAUCUUCGAAAAUAUGAGAAAUAUAGAGCGGCCAAACUUGAUCAUGAAAUGUUCGCGUACAUGAAACUCCACCCAGAAUUAUUUGUAGAAAAAGAAAAGAAGACACUUGCAGAAAUCGUGGAGCCUUUCAGGCCCGUGCGCUAAGACUCCAGUGGAGUGAUGGUAGAAGAGAAGGACAGUGCUUCACAGACUAUCCUGAAGUCUUUGUCAUGUUCUGUGGAACAUACAUACUUGUUGUAAUAAAUAUUCAUUUUGA